UUCUAGGUAGAAACGACAGGAGGAGAGCGAAAGGUUCGUGUUUGAUGGUGAUGCAGGAUGGCGAAUCCGGUUGGAGGAUGCAUUUUUUAACCUGGAGCAUUCGUCUUUUCUAUAAAUUAAAUGACAUUUACAUGACCGUCUUGGCGUUCUGAAACAAAUUAGUCUUUUCACGACAGUUAAAUUCAAUUAUCCUGGAAUUGUAGGUUAAAAUACGUGGACCUGGGGAAAUACGCGAGUGGACCAAUCUCGAUCGCUGCUAAUUGCGAUGCUCGGCUGCUGUUGAUAUCCAAGUGACAAUGGUGUGCUGCGGCUGUCGGGUUUUUCUUUAACGAUCUGGUGAUAUAAUACCUGCUUCUGAACUGGUUGUGAAAGUUUAACUGAUCAUUUUGCCAGUCCAGAUUGAGAUGGCUGAUGCAUCUGAGUGCGGCGUAAAAGUAAUGUGCCGUUUUAGGCCAUUGAAUGAAUCAGAAAUUACAAGAGGAGACCAAUACAUCCCUAAAUUCAGGAAUGAUGACACGGUGGUCAUAACGGGCAAGUCGUACGUCUUUGACAGAGUUCUGCCCCCCAACACAACCCAGGAGAACGUUUACAACACUUGCGCCAAACAGAUUGUGAAAGAUGUCCUUGGCGGAUACAAUGGAACCAUCUUCGCCUACGGCCAGACCUCAUCGGGGAAGACGCACACUAUGGAGGGCAAACUCCAUGACUCCCACCUGAUGGGGAUCAUUCCUAGAAUUGCGCGCGACAUCUUCGACCACAUCUACUCCAUGGACGAGAACCUGGAGUUCCACAUCAAGGUCUCAUACUUUGAAAUCUACUUGGACAAAAUAAGAGACUUAUUAGAUGUCUCAAAGACCAACCUUGCUGUGCACGAAGACAAGAACAGAGUUCCCUACGUCAAGGGCUGCACGGAGCGAUUCGUGUCCAGUCCCGAGGAGGUGAUGGAUGUCAUCGACGAGGGGAAAGCCAACCGCCAUGUCGCCGUCACCAAUAUGAAUGAGCACAGCUCCAGGAGCCACAGCAUCUUCCUGAUCAGCAUUAAGCAGGAGAACGUGGAGACGGAGAAGAAGCUGUCGGGGAAGCUGUAUCUGGUGGACCUUGCUGGAAGUGAGAAGGUCAGCAAAACUGGAGCAGAAGGGGCCGUGUUGGACGAGGCCAAGAACAUCAAUAAGUCCCUCUCUGCUCUGGGAAAUGUCAUCUCCGCGUUGGCUGAGGGAACUAAGAGUCACGUUCCGUACCGGGACAGCAAGAUGACCCGAAUCCUCCAGGACUCCCUGGGGGGGAACUGUCGGACCACCAUCAUCAUCUGCUGCUCCCCGUCUGUCUUCAACGAGGCCGAGACAAAGUCCACGCUCAUGUUUGGACAGAGAGCCAAGACCAUCAAGAACACGGUGUCUGUGAACCUGGAGCUGACGGCUGAGGAGUGGAAGAAGAAGUACGAGAAGGAGAAAGACAAGAACAAGAGUCUGAAGAGCAUCAUCUACAGGCUGGAGGCCGAGCUUAGCCGCUGGAGGAAGGGUGAGGCUGUGCCCGAGGAGGAGCAGCAGCUUAACUCCAAGGACCAGAAGAACACGCCCCUCAUUGACAGCCUGGCCCCGUCCAUGGGCCUGCUGACUGCUGUGGAGAAGAACAAAUAUGAGGAAGAUAUCAGUGAGCUUUACAAACAGCUGGAUGACAAGGAUGAUGAGAUAAACCAGCACAGCCAGCUGGCCGAGCAGCUUAAUCAGCAGAUGCUGGACCAGGAUGAGCUGUUGGCGUCGACACGGCGGGACUACGAGAAGAUUCAGGAGGAGCUGGCUCGGCUGCAGAUGGAGAACGAGGCGGCGAAGGAGGAGGUGAAGGAGGUGCUACAGGCGCUGGAGGAGCUGGCCGUCAACUACGACCAGAAGAGCCAGGAGGUGGAGGACAAGACCCGUGCAAACGAGCAGCUGGCAGAGGAGCUGGCACAGAAAACUACGACCCUGGUGACCGUGCAGAGGGAGCUGACUCUGAUACAGGAGCUGAGUAAUCACCAGAAGAAAAGGGCCGCAGAGAUCCUCAAUCUGCUGCUGAAGGAUCUGACUGAGAUCGGGGGAAUCAUCGGCACCAACGACAGCAAGGCGGUGACGGAGUCGAACGGCGUGAUUGAGGAGGAGUUCACGAUGGCCCGGCUCUACAUCAGUAAGAUGAAGUCGGAGAUAAAGUCUCUGGUCAAUCGCAGCAAGCAGCUGGAGACGUCGCAGGCCGACACCAACCGCAAGAUACAGGCCAAUGAGAAGGAGCUGGCCUCCUGCCAACUGCUCGUCUCCCAGCACCAGGCCAAGAUUAAGUCUCUGACGGACUACAUGCAGAGUGUGGAGCUGAAGAAGAGGCAGCUGGAGGAGAGCCAUGAUGCUGUGACUGAGGAGCUGGCUAAACUGCAUGCCCAGGAGAAAAUGCAUGAGGUGUCAGUGAUGGACAAGGAGAAGGAACGCAUGACCUUGCUCCAGGAUGCUGAGGAAAUUAAGAAGACCCUGGAGCAGCAGAUGGAGAGCCACAGAGAGACGCACCAGAAGCAGCUCUCCCGCCUGCGCGACGAGAUCGAGGAGAAGCAGAGAGCGCUGGACGAGCUGAAAGAUCAGAACCAGGGUCUGCAGCUGGAGCAGAAGAAGCUGGUCUCAGACUUGGACAAGCUGAAGGCCGAGGAGCAGGAGAAGGACGUGCAGCUGCAGAAGCUGAUCCGACUCAAUGAGAAACGAGAGCAGGCCAAGGAGGACCUGAAGGGCUUGGAGGACACUGUGGCCAAGGAACUGCAGACGCUGCACAACCUGCGCAGACUGUUUAUCCAGGACCUCACCACUCGUGUGAAAAGGAGUGCCGAGCUGGAGUGCGAUGACGAAGGAGGCAGUGUUGCACAGAAACAGAAGAUUAUCUUCCUGGAGAACAAUCUGGAACAACUUACAAAAGUCCACAAACAGCUGGUGCGUGAUAAUGCAGAUCUGCGCUGUGAGCUGCCGAAGCUGGAGAAGAGGCUGCGGGCCACGGCCGAGCGCGUGAAGGCCCUGGAGGCCGCCCUGCGGGAGGCCCGGGAGAACACCAUGCGCGACCGCAAGCGCUACCAGCAGGAGGUGGACCGCAUCAAAGAGGCCGUGCGCACCAAGAACAUGGCCAGGAGGGGGCACUCUGCCCAAAUCGCCAAGCCCAUUCGCCCAGGACAUCACCCAGCAUCCUCCUCUCCCAUCAUGGCUAAUACCAUCCGAGGCGGAGGGGGGUCCAGCUACCACGCCCAUCGUCACCACAACAGCAAGUAAUGGACUGACAGAUGGAAGUUCGAUGAGUCUCAUGUACAGUUUCCACUUCUCUCAGUCUUCUGUCUCUGUCUUUCUCUCGUCUCUCUUUUUCACCCUAUCCUAUUUGUCCAUUUCUCUCUGCCCCCUCCUUCUCUCCAUCCUUCACCCUUUAUCUGUGCUUUAGCCGAGAUUAUUUCCUGAAUUGUGUUGUUGCUGUUUGCCGGUCAGUACGUAUCUUUGUGUGUGCCCUGUAAGGUGUAGGGUUGUUCUCAAGCAGGUGGGCGGACAGGUGCAGUGAAUGAUGCGCUUGUGGUGAUGUCACAAGAGGCUUUGAUGAUGUCACUGUGCCAGCAUGACCCAUCCUGUGCACAAACUCCCCUGUUCCUGUGCCAAAGGUUCAAAAGCACAUCAUUCCCCUGUCAUUUCUGUUCGGUAUCACAGCUGUGGGCAAGGCAAGCCCAGGAACAUCACAUCACUAGGUCUAUGUGAGAGCAAGUUGCCACAUUUUCCUUUGGAGAGAGACACAAGGUGAGAGGGAAAGAAUUCAGUGAGCAAGAGGAAGUUCUGUCUGAUACUGACACCCUCAGGAAUUACAUUAGGGGGGUCAGGGCUCAUUUGUGAUAAAAAUGGCAGCUCAUGACUAAAGAUUAACCUUCACAAAUAUCUGAUCAGGAAUGUAUUUUAUUUUAGAAAUAAUUUUCUGUUUUGUGUUAUUGACUGACUCACCAAAGUACUGGUGUUGGCACUUCAGUUUUCUACAAAGUGAAUUUCAUUCUUUUAUGGGCAUUCACUUCUUUUAGCUUUGUUCUAUGUGAAAAUAAUAUUUUAUUUUUUAUAUGUUUACUUGGAGAUGUAUAAAUUAUUAUUUUUAUUUAAUUUAUCAACAUCUUCACUGAAACUUGCUCUCACCUCGUUUAUACAAAAUAUAGCCUAACACCACAUGCUUAAGAGUUUGCAGUAUACUGUAUGACUUUUUAAAAAUAAAAUCAAAAACAGGGAAGGUAUUGUAAAUGUAUGUCCCACCAAUUCUAGCUGGAAGAUCAUGACUUUAUAUUGUGUUAGGCUGGGAAAAACUGAAAUGGCUUUGACAGAACCAGAACCUAUAAUCGAAUCGCUUGCACAAAUUUUUGUAUCCACUUCAUUAUUGGGUCAGUUUACAGUACCUAGUGAUAGUUUUUACUUCUAAGGGUAGUGAAAUGCUGGCGCAAAGUUGAACAAAUCCAGAAAUGUUUGAUGAAGGUCUUGUGAGAGGAACUAGCAACUCCAGACAUCAUCUGUCAAUCAAACACUUACCCUCAGGAAAUGGAUUUCAAAGGGAGUAUCUAAACUUUGUAAAGGAUUCCUCCCCAGAUGUUUCCCCCCCCUGUUGAUCAUCAUAUUUCAUGUCAUGUUCAUUUAUUUUUUGUUGUAAUAAUGUCAGGUUUUUAAAUAUGUGACAUGUUGUAUGUGAUAUGAGAAAAGAAUCCCUGAAAGAGCGUACAGUGUUCUGUGUUGAAGGUAGUCACUGCAUUGUGAAUUGAGUGCAGCCCAUACAGACCACUGCAAAGAAACUGAAUAGCCACUCAGCCUUUCUUGCGGGGAACAAGUGUAUUUGUGCUUCUCUCAAUGCAGUUUCUACCAUUUCUACCCAAUAGCAAUGUGCUAGUGCCAUUCAAGGAAUCCUUUAUGAACAUAAAGGACAUUAAUGCAUUAAGCCAUGCAGAGAUAUCAGCCUCUAUUCUUAAGUAUUUAGUACAUGCUUAUUCAAGUGAAAUUAGUCUUGAGUUUUUGUUGAAAUUAUUUGAGAAUUUUGCAAACACAACAAAAGUUUGUGAAAAUGUAAAUGUUAUUAAUUAAACCAGACUGUUCCCCUGCCACCUGGCAACCUUGAUGCCUUAAUAUUGGACCUACAGAGCCCUGAUGUGGCUGUUUGUCUGUUUUGAAGUAAUAAGACAUGGCAUCCACAAUAGGCAAGAUUUCAAAAUUAAAUUGCCCAAAUUAAAUUGCCAAAUGCUGUCUAGAACAAUUUUUUCCUGGGUUCUCUUGACGAUCUCUGAGGGGUUGUUAUGGUGAAACUAUGUGCAGUCUGUCAGCAAUUAAGUUACUGGUCAUAAAUACGUAUUGUACGUCUCCACUUUUACACACUCAAAAUGUUACAAUGGCACCUGGAAUGCAUUGCAUGUAAAGCGUUUGAUGUACACUUUCCACAAUGAAGCAAGUGCCACUUAAAGCUUGCAGUCCUGCUUGAAGUUCGUUCUUCUUAUUAAUAUUCAUUAAUGGUCAUUGUUGGAAUUAACUUCAAGUAGUUCUUGUCUCUUCUGCCACUGUUUCACACUGAAUUGGCUAACCCCGAGUUUUGAUCAGUGAUGGCGAUAUUUGGUCUCACACUGGGUUCACGUGUUAUUUUGUAUUCAGCUGUACACAGUUUAACGAUGGUGACUUAAUUCCACAAUUUGUGUGAUAUGUCACUGUGUUGCUAAUUUUGGAAUGGUAUAUACAGUAAUUAGCCUUUUUUGGGAUGGGACUAUUGUGGGUGUGAGGAACUAACGGAAAAUUUGGGUUUAAUAAAUUGUUGGUUUACAUUUCCAGUAAUUUCUUUAAAAGAAGAACGGAGUAAGAAAAUUGGGACAUGUAUUUAAAUGGAUGUUAAAACUUACUCUUUGGCACAAUCCUACUAUGGCUAGACUCAGAUUAUGUUAAGAAAACUAAUAAUGUCUGUAUUCUGCUGUUACGAAAACCAACCUGGUUUGUCAUUACACUCCGCUUUUUUUGUGUGUGUGUGCAGAAUAUAAAAAUGGAGAAAGCUGGAGCAGCUGAAUAUUCAUGCAAAUGUAGGCUUUAUUUAUUUAUUUAUUUAUUUAUUUAUUUAUUUUACCAACAGUGUUCAAUUUGCUCCAUACCAAAACACGUCAACAUUGACUUUUUUGUAGGCUAUUAUUGUUAUUAUUAUUGUGCCUAUUGGGCUACACCUACGACGAUUAUUUCAUCAAUGUGUUUUCUUUCUGAUAAAAAAAAUCGUUGAAGUGUAAGGUUUGAACCGAAUAUUUAAUAAGCCAAAAGUCCAGUUUUUUAUAUAUUUAUAUCCAAUAGUGAGAAUUGUUCGCCAUUCUCAGCUGUCAGUAAAAAGACAGAAAAUUCACAAACACUUACGGUUCGUGGAGACAGUUGGCUAUUGCUCUGUCCAGUAGGCUAGUGAAUUCAUAUUCCUAUUAAGCGUUUAAAGAAAACUUCAUCCGUUUGUUCUGUUUGUAAAAUGUGCAUUUGUAUACCCGAGGUGUCACGUCUGUAUCUAGAGAGUUUUGUCAAAUGAUGCAAAAAGGAGCCUGGUUAAAACUGCGAGAAGCAAAUGAACUAAUCAAUGUUUCGCACGUGGGUGGGUAUUCAGAGCCAUACUGUUCAGUUUACGGUUUGAAUGAAGCUGGUGAUACCGCGUGGUGUAAAAUGUUAAAGAAAUAAAGUCACAAUCAACGUCA